AUGGUUUUUUACCUACAGGUGCUAACGGACGAUGAUGGUUGGGUGUUGAUUGAUCGCAGCGGAAAACACUUUGGGACAAUUUUGAAUUUUUUACGUGAUGGUUACGUGCCGUUGCCGGAAUGUCGCGCCGAAACGGCCGAAAUCCUAGCCGAAGCUAAAUAUUAUCUUAUUCAGGAGCUUGUGCAGCAGUGUCAAAAUUGGCUGAAAGUGAUGGAAAAGAAAGACGUGGAACCUGCUGGCAUAUGUAAAGUACCACUUGUAUGUACGAAGAAGGAUUGUGAUCGCAUUGUCACUAGUACUACUAAGAACCUGGAGUUGUUCGAUCGCCUGGUGACACGAUUUAAUGAUCGUGUCCUCUUUGUAAAAGAUAUUGGGGCCGAAAAUGCGGAAGUAUGCCAGUGGACGUUCUACGGACAGGGAAGGAAAAAAGCUGAAGUGUGCUGCACUUCGAUAGUCUAUGCGACCGAUAAGAAGCAAACGAAGGUGGAAUUUCCGGAAGCCCGAAUUUAUGAGGAGGCAAUGAAUGUGUUGUUAUUCGAAGAGCGGCAUGUGUGUGUACGAUGCGGUGGCGAUGGCGGAACGUGCUCACCACCACGUGGCCAUUCACAGAUACAGCUACCACCGUUUAUCUAUUCUUCCGCUCACAGUGCUUCUGUUUCGCCUCAGCGUACUUCGCCAGCCCCAUUUGUUGGCGAUGCUUUAUCAGGAAGUAGCUUGCAAGAAGAUCGACGUCGUUCUUCAAGGCUGGUUGACGGACGCUCGAACAGUAUCGCUGUGGCAGCGGCAAUCAACGAAGAUACGGGUUAA